GAAUUUACGUGCGAGCACUACGCGAAGAAAGCCGAACACAAAGUGAAGAAGAAGACUUUUUAGCUUCGUGUGUGAAAAGUUACGCAUUUGUUUUCCAUCUCUAGUAAAAAUUGCAAUUUUAUCAUUUAAUUCCAUUAGUAUUUGCUACGAAAAGUGCAGAGAAAUCUUCAUUGGACUUCGUAGUAGACAGCUUCAUUGGAAUUUUCGGGUUAAUUUUCGCGUUAAAAUUGAAGAAAGAUUGAGAAAAAGUAUAAACAAAGGAAAGGUAAGUUGUAAGUGUGGAGUACCGCGAUGGCUGACGUGUCAGCAUCCGGAGUGAAUUCUGCGGGUGCCCCUGCGGGAAAUGUUCUCGGGAAUACAUCCGUGCCUCCGCCACCGUUACCCCAGUCGAACAAUCAGCAGCAGCAGCAGCAGUGGCAGAUGUACAAUCAAUACGCCAAUAUGUAUGGAUUUAAUCCGCAAUACGCGCAGUACUACAAUGCGUACUAUCAGCAUGUUCAGCAUUACCUGAAUCAGCAGCAAGGUCACUACCCACAAGGGAAGCUGCAGCAGGGUCAGAUGGGUGUUGUGGGUAAUACUUCGGGGGGUGCUUUUACAAAUACCCCAGUGGCACCGCCGGAAAAGCGUCCGGAAGACAAUCCGCCACUCCCAGCGGGUCCUCCUCCGCCACCAUCACCAUCAUUCUCAGCGCCCCGUCCGUCGUUUUUCAAUGGAAAUCAACCCCCACAGCAGCAACCGUCGAAAUUUGGCCCCAUUCGCUUCAACAUCAACCGGCCGACAAAGCAAAAUAACUACCAGCAGCAGCAGCAGCACAACAACAACAUGUCCGGAAUGGGGCAGCAGAAGCAGAAUAAUCAUCAAAUGUUUGGGAAUGCGCAAAAGAAGAAGCGUAAGAAGAAUAAGAAUAAGCAGCAGCAACAGCAAGGAGGAGGAGGAGGAGGAGGUUUCACGGAAAGUCAAGCACAACCUGUGCCUCCACCUCCACCAUCAAUUGGGCCUGAUUUAUCUAAACCACCGCCACCACUUCCUCCUGCAAUCAAUGAUGUUGCCCCAUCUGCCGCAGCAACUGCCGUGGAUACACCUCCGUCGUCAUUUACAAAGAAAAUCGCCCCAGGCCCACCGAAUCCCUUCAAUAAUCCCACAGAUGCAUGGCCAGAGAGUCUCAACAGCUACGUCACGCGAUGCUACGCCAAAUGCAAGACGGACUUUGAUAAAGAUCAAAUUGGGAUUUGUCUAAAGGGGCGAAUAACAGCGGCUGCAAAUAAAGGUGAAUUGUGGACAAAGGAUUGGGACAACGAACCCAUACCGAGUGUACAUAGUGAGAGGAAUUCAAUUCUCGUGCAGAGGCCACCGGUUUCGGGGGUAUUGACGCAAUACCAGAAAUCCAGUGGUGGUGCGUCGGGGAAACAGGGUGGUGGUGCAUCGGCAAAGAAGGGUAUUUCGCAAAGUUUAGGAGCACGCCUCGGGUCAAAGGCCAGCCGUGUGAGUCGUUCGAGAUCGCGAUCGCCACGAUUAAGGCGUCGCUCCUCGCGUAGUUCGUCAUCGAGUCCGCGACGGAAGCGUCGUAGUACGAGUUCGAGCAGUGAUGCAUCAUCGUCGUACCGUAGCGGUAAGGGGGGUGGUGCUAAAGCCAACAAAUUCCCCAGUGGCGGUAGCAAGAGUAAGAAGGCAAAGAAGGGAUCCCCGUCGCGUAGAGCGCCCUUCUAUAGUGCAAAUGGUGUCAUUGGGGGUGCCGUCGAGGGGGAUGUUAAGCGUCUACAGCAGAGAGCGGCAAGAUUCAAUAGGCCAAGUGUACAGUCGAGUGUUGUUGCCACCCCGAAUCCCUUCAGCAGCAAUAAGCACAAAAAACUCCAAAUGCCCAGCAUCUAUCGUCCCUAUGUGGAUGAUGCCGACGAUGGGAAUCACUUUGAUUUUACGGACAUUCACAUUGUGGGCACAUGCAGGGAUGUGGAGAAAUCCUUCCUGAGGCUCACAAAGGCCCCAGAACCCAAUGAAGUGCGUCCCGUGGAUGUUCUCAAGGUUUCCCUGGCAAAUGUUAAGGCUAAAUGGGUGGAGAAACAAGACUAUUUCUAUGCGUGUGAUCAACUUAAAUCCAUCAGACAGGAUCUCACGGUCCAGGGGAUCCGUGAUAGUUUCACCGUGGAAGUUUAUGAGACACACGCAAGAAUAGCCAUGGAAAAGGGUGAUCAUGAGGAAUUUAAUCAGUGUCAAACGCAAUUGAAGAUGCUUUAUGGUGAGGUGGGGGGUGAAAAUUGCUUUGAAUUCACUGGCUACCGGAUACUCUACUAUAUCUUCACCAAAAACACACUCGACUUGACUACGAUCUUGAAAUCUCUGACAGUGCAAAUGCGUGAAAAUAUAUCCGUAGCCCAUGCCCUUGAAUUACGUACGGCAUGGGCUUUGGGUAAUUAUUGCAAAUUUUUCCAAUUAUACAAAUCCGCCCCCCUUAUGGCUGGCUACCUAAUCGACUGGUUUGUUGAUAGGGAACGUAAGCUGGCACUUAAGAAUAUUGUCAAAGCUUAUCGCCCAAAUAUUCCUGUGGAAUUUAUUGCGAAAAUCCUGGCAUUUGAUUCAACGCAAAAAUGUUUGGAUUGGCUGGAACCGUUUGAGCUCGCCUAUAUCACGGCUGAGGGAGUUAAGGUGCAAGUUGACUGCAAAACAAGCAUGAAUACCAUUGGAAAUAUCUAAAUUGUGAAAAGAAAAGAAAAACGGAGAAAGUUUGUGGGGGAGGGAAAUAAGUGAUGAUGAUGCUGCUGCUGCUGAUGGACAUCGUUUGUAGUGGAUUUGUGCACGGGAUGCUGAUGGCUGCUUUUGUAUAUCGACGUGGGAGGAAACGGUGGAUGGAGGAAGAAAAAAAAUGAAGGACAAUUUACUUUUCAUUUUUAAUAGUGAUGAAAGAAAUUUCUUUCAAAAGUGCCAAAAAGGACACUGAAAGAAAAAAAAAGUAAUUCAUUAGGAAAAAAAAAAUAGUGUGUGAACGGACAUUUUAAUUUAAUAGUUUUAAUUGAAAAGAAAAAAGACUUUUAAGGCAGAUUUAAAAAAAAAGGGAAUAAGUGUGAACGAGAGAAACAGAAAAGAACAUUGGGAUGGGAUUGAAAGACUUUAAAAACAAACACAACAAAGAAAAAAACCCUUAAUUAAUAAUUUCUUAAACUAAUCGUGCGAUUGUGAUAAGAAAAAGUUUCGAUAAGAGAAACAAAAAAUUACCGCGAUAAGAGACACUGAAGGAAAAGAAGAAAAUUCCGGAUGGCACGCAAUUAGAUUUUUUUAAGGAAGGAGAGAAGAAGAUUAUUUUGUGUAUGUGUGUAUAUAAUAAUGUAAAUUUCCAGCCCACUUAGGAGCAAUCAACUCCCUCCACAAUAAUGUGGAGGAGGAUCUACCUGAUGAGAGCACACCAUCAUCACACACAAUGCAAAACAAUCCAAAGUCCCCAGCGAAUGUUCCUCAAAGUAAAAAAAGAAAAAUCCUUAAUCCCAAAAACUUAUCCUUUCUAAGCAACUCAAAUUGAAUUUCCUUCUCUCUCUAAAAUAUCAAUUUUUUUGCCCAAAUUCCUCAUUCUCUGCUUGCGCAGAAAUGGGAAUAAAAAGAGCAAAAAGUGGAUUCCUGUCUUAAGAUAAUUCCCACGCGAAGAACUGAAGAGAGCAUCUCUUGGAUAAACGUCGCAACAACGUAAAAAAAUUACAUACCUAUCUUUAUUUUUUUUUCUAUCUCUCUGUGCAGAUAAAAUUUCCCUCAAAGUUCUUUUUUAUUAACUUUUUUUAAUUUAUUCUAAAUAAGUUAUUGAUUUAAUGUUUUGUUUUAUUGAGAUUGGCUAAUGAGAAUUGCUGGAUUUUUAUGAGAUUAUUCGUUUUUUUUAACAAUUAUUAUUUUUUUUCCUCAUAAAAAUUGUAUUUCAUUUUUUAUUCUUUAAAAUUUGCAUCAAAGAAUGAGAAAAUCAGCAUAAAAAAUUUUAUUUCAUUUGAGGGAAAAAACAAAGAUAUUUUAUGUACAUAGAGGUUGAAAAUAAUAAUUAAUAAAGUAAUUUGAAAAAAAAAAUAAA